AUGAGUAAAAGUGAUCCCGCUGGUCCCACCUCGCCCUCCCCAACGCUGGAACAUAAGGAGAGAAGACUGAGCCAGCAGCAGCUGCGACAACACCGUGACAAGGCUGUCAGGGAGGCGAUGGAGGAAGCCAGCCCUCACGCCAUCCUCGACACACUCGUGAGGAAAUGGGUGCGAGGGAGGCUGCUGGCCUGGCUCCACGACUACCUGCAGCACCGCCGCGCCAGGGUUAGGUUCCAGGGCCUGAGGUCGAGCUUCAAGGAAUUCGAGAACGGGACGCCCCAGGCCGGCAUCCUCAGCCCCCUGCUAUUCAACCUGCUGAUGGAGCAGCUGGUGGCACUGCCUUUUCAUGCGGGCACCGUCCUGCUGAGCUACGCCGAUGACCUCGCCCUCGUGGUUACCGGAAGGGGCAACAAGCUCAGGAGGACGCAGCAAGCACUCGACCUCAUCAGCGGAAAGUGUCAGGACCUGGGGCUCAAGAUCUCGGCAGAGAAGUCCCGGGCCAUGAUGGUGAAGGCGGCAGACCCAGCCUGGCAGCUCCGCGUUCAGGGAGUUGAGCUGGCAUGGACCAACUCCUACCAGUACCUUGGUGUGUGGGUGGACAAGCGGCUGUCCUUCACAGCCCACGCCGCCUACCUGAGGGAGAGGACACAAGCUAGGCUGAACGAGAUGCGGGUCAUGACGGGACUCACCGCGGCCGCCACAUUUUCCGUCCUGCGCAGGUACUACGUGCAGACUGUACGCUCGCUGGUGGAUUACAGCGCUCCCGUCCUCAUAGCACUCUCCCCAAACCAAGAGCGGAUCGAGGUGCUACAAAACACCGCGAUGAGGACCAUGCUGGGGUCACCGAGGUGGUCCAGCGCAUGCGUCAUGCAGAGCGAGACCAACCUGGUGCCCCUCACCACCAGGGUACAGCAGAUCAUGGCCUACCGCGUAGCGAGGGUGCAGCAGCGUGACGCGGAGGGAGUGACACAGAGGAAACCAAGGCUGGCGGGGACUCAGGGCGUCGAGUCUCUCCGCCGCAACCCGUGGCUGCUGCAGUGCACGCUGGCCGCCCACAACCUGGCUUACAUGGAGGACUGCGGAAGGACGGGCGCGGCUGCCAUCACCAGAGGGGCCGAGGUGUGCGAGAGGACUCCCGACCACUGCUCCACCCUGCAGACAGAGCUGGUGGCCAUCCAUCUGGCCCUGGAGUACGCUCAACACCGACCGGAGCGCUCCGUGGUGUUCCACAUCGACUCCAUAACCGUGCUACAGGCUCUCGAACAGCCAUACUCUAGCGACAAUGUGGGCCUCGUCACCAUCGUCCUGGGUAGCCUCCAGAGCCUCGCCGCGCAGGCACGGCUGGUGAGGUUCAUCUGGAUACCCAGCCACGUAGAAGUACGAGGCAACGAGGCUGCUGGCGACGGCGAGGGCGCGAGCCAGGCGCGCCGCAACCCCCGCAACCCAGCGCGCCCGCCACACACACCGCGCGUGAGACUUGGCUACUGCACCAGGGAACAGCUGUAUGACGGCUACCAGGGGCAGGAGUGCGAAAACUGCGGGAGGCACAGCCGCCACCUGCUAGUGCACUACCUUCUGUCCUGCCCAGCCACCGCCGCCCUCAGAUCAACGCCACUGCCAGCCGCCCACCCUGUAGGCGGUGGUCUCCUCAGCAGCCGCGAAGUCAAGACUGCCCUUCUCCGCCACACGCCUACAGACUUGAUGCUGCAAGGUCCCUUUGGUCCUGCAACUCUUAUACAAGCAGUUGUAACACCAUGUUCCGCCCCCGACCCUUUCUUCAUUGCUGCCACUACCUGGGGUCAGCCUCCCUACAUUGCCUCCUGUGCAGUGUAG